AAAUAAAUAAAUAAGAAUAAAAUUCCACAAACGGCACCAUAAAACCCCACCCAAACACUCAAACACUCCGAUCGAUCCCUCACGAAGCUCCUUCUAAUCGUAGAAAAGGGGAAAUAUUAGCAGAAAAAAAUGGAUCUGAUCACAAAUGUUUGCGAGUACGAGGCGCUCGCAAAGCAGAAGCUACCGAAGAUGGUUUACGACUACUAUGCCUCUGGCGCCGAGGAUCAGUGGACACUCAAGGAGAAUAGAGAAGCCUUCUCAAGAAUACUGUUUCGCCCUCGUAUACUCAUUGAUGUGUCGCAUAUCGAUAUGACCACCACCGUUCUGGGUUUCAAGAUCUCGAUGCCUAUCAUGAUUGCUCCCGCAGCAAUGCAGAAACUGGCACAUCCUGAAGGAGAGCUUGCGACAGCGAGGGCUGCCUCAUCAGCUGGCACCAUAAUGAUAUUGUCGUCAUGGGCUACUUGUAGUAUAGAGGAGGUUGCCUCCACCGGCCCAGGAGUUCGUUUCUUUCAGCUUUAUGUCCACAAGGACCGGAACUUAGUUAGGCAACUGGUGAAAAGAGCUGAGAGAGCUGGAUUCAAGGCGAUUGCCCUAACUGUAGAUACCCCAAGAUUCGGACGGAGAGAAGCAGAUAUCAAGAACAGAUUUACUUUGCCUCCCGGUCUGACGUUAAAGAACUUUGAAGGGCUAGACCUUGGACUGUUGGAUAAUACACGUAAUUCUGGUCUAGCUGAAUAUGCUACUAGCCAACUCGACCCGACUUUAUCGUGGAAGGAUGUGAAGUGGUUGCAGACGAUUACUUCAUUGCCUAUUAUAGUUAAAGGGGUUACGACCGCUGAGGACACAAGACUAGCAAUCCAAGCUGGGGUUGCUGGAAUUAUUGUCUCCAAUCACGGCGCACGCCAACUAGAUUAUCAGCCUGCUACUAUUAGCUGUCUCGAAGAGGUUGUCAGCACAGCGCAGGGACGGGUGCCCGUGUUCCUCGAUGGUGGGGUCCGCCGUGGCACUGAUGUCUUUAAGGCAUUAGCUCUGGGUGCUUCUGGUGUAUUUAUUGGACGCCCUGUGUUGUACUCGCUAGCGGUGGAUGGUGAGGCAGGCGUUAGAAAGGUGCUUAAGAUGAUGAGGGACGAGUUUGAGAUCACCAUGUCGCUGUGCGGCUGCACGAAUCUCAAGGAGAUCAUGCGUAAUCACAUGAUCUCCGAGAAAGACGUAUAUCGCUCUUCUCGUUUGUAACAGGCUGCUCGACCAGUCAAGCGGUCACAACUCUCUUCUUCUACUUCUGUAUACAUGUGUAUGCUAAUAAGCCAGAGAAGAAAGUAUCAGUGUUUAAUUAUCCUCAACAGUUGGCAUAAAAUUGGAAUUUAGUAUCUGAGACAUUGAAAGAUGUUCUAAGGCGGUGUUUGAAUGAUUAAUUUUGGAUUUUGGUUUUAUAAA